CACACCCACAGCUAAGAGGACUGUUUGCUAGCCCUCCCCUUCGCUGUCAGUUUGUGUGAAAGUCCUCCAGACAGACAGACAGACAGACCAGGUCGUUGAGGAGUCCUGUGUAGGUGGAAACAGAUCUGCUGCCUGAUUCACAGCAACGAUGGGGCAGAAUGCUGACUACCACCAGGUCAAGGACGGUCUGCUUCAGCUGAGAUGUCACUUCACAUGGAAGCUGCUAUUCGAAGACACUGACAUACCAGAUUUGGAAAGCAGAAUCCUGGAGGAGAUCGAGUUUCUAGACACCAAGAACAACGUGGGGAUUCACAACCUCAUGGCCUACGUGAAACAUCUAAAAAGCCAGGAUGAGGAAGCCCUGCAGAGCUUAGAAAAAGCUGAAGAUUUGAUCCAGGGAGAACGAGCUGACCAGAGGGACAAGAGAAGCCUGGUGACCUGGGGCAACUAUGCCUGGGUGCAUUUCCACAUGGGCAGGUUGGAAAAAGCCCAGACCUACCUGGACAAGGUGGAGAACACAUGCAAGGAGCUGGGAAGUCCCUUCCGCUAUAGGAUGGAGUGUCCAGAGUUGGACUGUGAAGAAGGAUGGGCCAUGGUGAAGUGUGGAGGACAGAACUAUAAGGCAGCCAUGGCCUGCUUUGCAAAGGCUCUGCAAGUGGAGCCUGAAAACCCUGAAUUCUGCACUGGCUACGCCAUCGCAGCCUACCGUGAAGAUUAUGAUAAUGAGAUUUCUCUAGGACCCCUAAGGAAGGCCGUCAGGUUAAAUCCAGAAGAUGCUUAUAUUAAAGUUCUCCUUGCCUUAAAGCUUCAGGAUCUAGGAAAAGCAGCUGAAGCAGAAACGUACCUUGAUGAAGCGCUUACCAGCGAAUCCUCCCAGCCUUAUGUCUUUCGCUAUGCAGCCAAAUAUUACCAAAGAAAGGGCUAUAUAGAUAAAGCUCUUCAUCUUCUAGAAAGGGCCUUAGAGGCAACACCUUCAUCUGCCUACCUGCAUUACCAAAUAGGGCUUUGCUACAAGAAACAAAUGAUCCAGAUGAAGACUACCUCACACCAGCAGCCUCACAGGCAGGAAGAAUUUGAGAAAGUGCUGCACCAGGGUAUUUGUGAAUUUCAGAAGACUUUGCGUUUACGGCCCACAUUGGAGAUGGCUUAUGUUUGCCUCGCUGAGAUGCAGGCAGAACUUGGCCAAUACCAAGAAGCAGAGAAAAACUUUCAGAAAGCACUGAACACAAAGAACCUUCCCGGUCACAUACAGCAAGACAUUCACCUCCGUUAUGGCCGUUUCCAACAGUUUCACCAAUUAUCAGAUGACACAGCAAUCACUCAUUAUUUAAAAGGUCUGAAAAUUGAAGUAAUGUCCAAUGUCAGGGGAAAGCUUCUCAACGCUUUGGAGAAAUUGGCUAAAAAAGGUGUUCAUCAGAAUGUGUGUGUUGUAGAAAGCACUAGUCUGCUUGGGUUGGUCCACAAACUGAAAGGUGAGGUGAAUGAGGCCCUGCUGUGCUAUGAGAGGGCUCUGAGGCUCACUGAAGAACUGAACCCUGAGUUUUGAAGUACAGAUCACUACUGCAAAUAUAAUAUACUCAUAACUAAAUGUUCCAAGAAUCUUAACUAAUUAAUUGCUUUCCUUAAAUCUGUGCUAUUUGUUGAAAUGCCAAGUAAUUGCAUGCAUUACCUCCUGAUAACCCCCUUUUCCUUGUUUCUCAUGUAUCUAGAAGGAGUUUCCAAUCAUUCACCUCACCUGCUAGUUCACUGACCAUGAAUGAUUUGUUCUGGAUAUCUGUAAAAUAGUGAACCAACAAGAGUCCUUUUCUUUGUGACUAUGCCUUUGGAAUCAAGGCCUUCCUUCCUCUGCCUGCCAGUGUCCUGAAGAAGAAGAUUUUGCCAAGGAAAUUUUAUUUUUCUUGUAGCCAAAAAACCCUGACCUUUACUACAUCUAACACUAAAACAUGUGAAUUAGUGAAAAGUUUAAAAGAGAGAAACAUGCAUUAGUGAACAGUUACCCAGAACUAAGAACACUUUGGAGUUAUUAAAGAAAGAAAAGGAAAUUGCAAAAGCUGUUUUGAAUGUAUCAAGUGAAGCUGAUGUAAAUAGCUUCAUUUGGGUUUUGUGUAUUUAUCAGUUGUUAUGUGAUAUAUCAUCCAUUUCUCUUAAGUAAAUAAUAUUUAGAGGGGCUGGAGGGAUGGCUCAGCAGUUAAGAAUAUUAGCUGCUCUUAUAGGGGACCCGGGUUUGGCUCCCAGCACCCACAAGGCAACUAAAAACCAUCUGCAACUCCAGUUCCAGGGGAUUCAACACCCUGUUCUGACCUCCUUGGGCAUUGCAUGACACAGGUACACUUAUGUACAUGUAGGCAAUACACUCAUACACAUAAAAUAAAAAUAAUAAAUAAAAGAUUAAAAAAUAAUUAUUUAGAAAAAUUCACUAAGAUCACAAACUCAGAAUAUUUUUUAUGACAUCAAAAAGGAUGUGUAUUCUCAGUAAUUAAAAAUACAAGACUGGUGGAUCUAACCUUCUUGGGUGUUUAAUCAGACAUACUUUGAGGUCAGAAGGACAUAAAGGACACUUUUUGCUCCUUG